UAAAUAUGUAAUCUUGUAUGCUCUCGAGUUGCUACAAUUCCUUCAUCAAAAAUCCUAGAAUCUUCAACUUCCGCAAGAAUUCCAAGUUCAUCAUUUGCAGAAAUGGCAGAAAAAAUGCGGGAUUUUUACUCUCACAGACAUCCCACAUCAUCCCAGGUGGUAGAGGAAAUGAAGGAACUAUGGCAAAUGGUGCUCCCCAUAACUGCAAUGAACUUCCUGGUGUACGUCCGAGCCGUGGUCUCCGUGUUGUUCCUGGGCCGUCUGGGCAGCUUGGAGCUGGCCGGCGGCGCGCUGUCGAUCGGGUUCACCAACAUCACCGGCUACUCGGUUCUGGUGGGCUUGGCCUCCGGGCUGGAGCCGGUUUGCAGCCAAGCGUACGGGUCCAAGAACUGGGAGCUCCUCUUUGUGUCUCUACACCGCAUGAUCCUGAUCCUCCUGGUGGCCAUAGUCCCCAUCGGAGCGCUGUGGGUCAAUCUGGAGCCGAUCAUGCUCUUCAUGGGGCAGGACGCCGAGAUCACCUCCACGGCCGCGGCUUACUGUUUAUAUUCUCUCCCAGACCUUUUCACAAACACCUUGCUGCAGCCGCUGCGCGUGUACUUGAGGUCACAAGGGGUGACGAAGCCGCAAAUGUGGUGCACUUUGACGGCGGUGGCGUUUCACGUGCCGCUCAAUUAUGCGUUGGUGGUGGUGGCGGGGUGGGGGGUGCGUGGGGUGGCGCUCGCUUCCGUGCUGACGAAUUUGCAUAUGAUGGUGCUGAUGAUGGGGUACGUGUGUGUUUAUGGGCGGUGGGAGUGGAAAUGGGGCGGCGGCGGCGGCGGGAUCGGGGCUCUGCUGAAGCUGGCCGUGCCGAGCUGUCUGGGGAUUUGCUUGGAGUGGUGGUGGUACGAGAUCGUGACGGUGCUGGCCGGUUACCUGCCGGAGCCAAAGCUGGCGGUGGCGGCGACGGGGGUGAUGAUCCAGACGACGAGCCUUAUGUACACGGUUCCGAUGGCGCUGGCGGGGUGCGUGUCGAGCAGGGUAGGAAAUGAGGUGGGCGGUGGGAGGCCGUACAAGGCGAGGCUGGCAGCGAUGGUGGCGCUGACGUGUGCGUUGGUGGUAGGGAUGAUGAACGUGAUGUGGACAGUGGUGUUUAGAGAGAGAUGGGGAGCUCUAUUCACAAAGGAUGAAAUGCUGAUAGCUAUGGUUGCUUCGGUGUUGCCUAUCACGGGCCUAUGCGAGCUCGGGAACUGCCCACAGACCACCGGUUGUGGCAUCCUCAGAGGCACGGCUAAGCCGGUGGUGGCGGCCCGGAUCAAUCUUGCCUCCUUUUACUUUGUGGGCACGCCCGUCGCCGUUGGGCUAGCCUUCUGGCUCUGCAUCGGCUUCCCCGGCUUGUGGCUAGGCUUGCUAUCGGCUCAGGCUGCGUGUGCCGUCUCAAUACUCUAUGUCGUGCUGCAUUGCACGGAUUGGGAAGCUGAAGCUCUCAAAGCUUCCAAACUUGCAUCCCCACAAAUGGAAAUGGAAAUGGAAAUGGAAAUGGAAAUGGGGGGAACUCAACUCUAGUCUACUUCUACUCCACUUACUUCCACCAAACUCUAUACACAUAGUAGGCUUCAUUUUCUUCUUCUUCUUCUUUUCUGUAAAGUUCUAUUUUCGUAAACGUACGAGAUCAUGUAAAUUAAUUCAAAAGUUGGAGUGUUGUUAAACUAAAUUUUGCUAUAUAGUAUUUCAGUUAGAAUCAAUGAAUACGUGUCCUCGUAAUGUAAA